CGGUGUCGGCAUCGCGCGACGGUGUACUGUACUAUCGGUCACCGCGCGAGACGCCAGGAGGGGAGGAAAGAGAAAGAGACAGAGACGCAGGUACGACGGCCACACACACGAAAGGCUCUCGCGGAGAGAGCGAGACGGAGCGGGCGGCCGCGCGGGACGGCGAGAGGGGGCAGCAGGGCGAGAGAGAGAAGAGAGAGAGACAGUCGAGCGCGAACUCGUGGUGUGUGGAGAGGUGCCACCAGCCGGAGAGCCAGCGGAGACGGAGAGUCGGAGGUGGCCCGUGCCUGUGGCUACCCGUGACCGCCCGUGGCUCGCUGUAACUACUCGUCUGUUGUAACGUGACGCGAAGGUGCGUGUGGGUCCCGAGGUUCGUUCGCCCGUUACCUCUCUGUCGAGAACGUGGCCGACACCGCGCGUCCACCGGGAGCACAGCAGCGCGCGCGAGGUGCUUUCUGCCGCCGCCGUCUCUUUCUCUCUCUGUUCCUCGCUCCUUUCCUCCUUUUCUCUCUCUCUCUCUCUCCUUCCCUCUCUCUUUCUCUCGUUCUCUCUCUGUUGUUCCUUUUCUCGCGCCGUCUUUCUCUCUCGUGUACGCGAGUGUGAUCAGUACAGUGCGACCAGUGCGACGUGAUACGUUCUCGCUCACGGGUCGUCCUUUGCUAUAUUCGCGCGAUAGGAUAGGUGUCUCGCUGCUACGGAGCGAGUCAUCGUCAAAAGACUGUCAAGAGUGCCUUAUACUGCUUGAUUCUCGGGCUGUUUCGUACGACACGACACGACGCGACGCGACACGACACGACACGAUUACGUUCGCCGUCACGGCGAGAUCCCGGGACGGAGAAGAGGAGAAAGAGCACCGCGGCGUAUUGGACGACGAGCAACUCGAGGCAGGGGAGGCACUGCACAGCGGCACACACGCAGCUUCCGAUAAUCCACGGCGGCGUGUGAACAGGAGGGGCCCGCCGUAAGGAUGCUGUACGCUUUCGCGGAGAUCGAGAGGCCGCGAGUCGUAUCACGAGCAGCGCGCAGCAGCGCGACCAGCUGAGAAUGUCAGAGCAAAACGGGCCCAGCGAGGGCCCAGGACCAGGGCCCGGAUCGGACGGCGGCUGGUGGCCGUCCACGCAGACCUGGAAAUCAACGGCGGCUGUCUCGUCGAACUCCUCGACCUCCACUUCAGCGGCAGGCUCCGCGUCCGUCUCCGUUUCCUGCGCCGCAUCCAACUCGUCCGCAACGAGCUCCUCCACCUCGACCAUCUCGUCCGCGACCUGUUGCCCCUCGUCUUGCAUCGGUGUAUCCUGCACGAUGAGCCCGGCCCGUUCCACGGAGACGGAGAAAAACGUAUCCAUCACGACUAUUAACGUACCCCCCAGCCAAGAGAUGCACGAUGAUAAAGGAGUGUGUAAGUAUCUCGGAGGACAGAACGGCGUGACGGUGUCGGUAGUGUCGACCUCCGUACUGGGCUGUGGAAACACAAGCGCCGUCCCGACCUCCGGGAUAUGCACGAACACGGGGCCGCACAACAUCGGCAUCGGGAUCGGCAUUCUCGCCGCGAAUGUGGCGGACAUCGACGACCCCGAGGACAGCGAUGGCGAGAUUAGCAAGAUCGACUUCAGAGGCGUGAAUUUGCGCUCGAAGAAGAAACGCGACGUGUCCGGCAACCAGAACGGCGACAAGAUUGGUGAUGGGGAUGCGAACGGCGAUAAUGGUGGAUGCUGCGACGGCAACGACAACUCGCAACAGCAACCCGAAAGACCGAUGUCGUGGGAGGGAGAAUUGUCGGAUCAAGAAAUGUCUUCCAAUACGAUUACCGAUCAGGACGAUCAUAAGGAAAUCUCUAUGGAGGGAGUACAAGUUUGUAGCACGAGUCCCGAGCCCAUGGAGCAGAAAUUUCAGAUCAAGUCGGAGCCGGAUUUUCGAUCCAGCACUGGUUUCACAAUAGGAUCCUUUCACGAUGCCGGGCUGCCCAUGACACAUAACCAACAAUUACAGCAACAGCAACAACAGCAGCGCGCCAUCGAGACUCUCGAGCAAACUCAACAGAAUGAUUUGCCACUUCUCGUAGGUAAACUUCUCGGCGGAUACAACAGCUCAACGCCUAAUCACAGUCCCGUACUGAAUCCGCGGCAUCAUCUGACGAAACACAGUCACACUAGAUCGCAAGUACCGUCGCCAGAUUCCGCCAUUCAUUCCGCGUACAGCGUCUUCAGUUCGCCGACACAGAGUCCCCACGCGGCACGACAUUCCGCUUUAGGCGCGGGCAGCCCGAUUCCCUCCUCGUCGCUGUCGCUCUCCCGGCACAGCUUCAACAACUCAACCUCCUCGUUAUCGCUCUCGCUGUCACAUUCGCUCUCAAGGAACAACUCUGACGCGUCCAGUAGCUGCUACAGCUACGGCUCGCUCAGCCCUCCCACUCACUCACCCGUCCAGCAAUCACGACACCCGCACACACACUCGCAACAUCAUCAGCAUCAGGUGGCGCAAGGGAGCCCGCUGCAUCUGCCCGCGUCAUCUGCAGUCACGGCUCAUCCUUACUCUACUUCCUCCGUGCCGGGGUCCGAGCUCUCCCCGGACGGACACGCUGUCGCGGAGGAUCAGGAAGACUGUAGGAUACCAUCCGCGCCGUCCGGUAUCUCCACCAGACAGCAACUCAUCAACAGUCCCUGUCCGAUUUGCGGCGACAAGAUAAGCGGUUUCCACUACGGCAUCUUCUCGUGCGAGUCGUGCAAGGGUUUCUUCAAGCGCACCGUCCAGAAUCGCAAGAACUAUGUGUGCCUUAGAGGCGCGGGUUGCCCGGUCACUGUGGCCACGAGGAAGAAGUGCCCGGCUUGCCGCUUCGACAAGUGCCUCAACAUGGGUAUGAAGCUCGAGGCGAUCAGGGAGGAUCGUACCAGAGGCGGUAGAAGCACUUAUCAGUGCACCUACACCUUACCGGCGAAUCUUGUUGGCAGUCCUGUCGGCGGUAUGACCAGCGAGAAGCUCACUACGACCGGCAAUUGCAGUCCGGCGCCGGCCGGCAGCGAACACCACUACCCCGUACGACAUCAUUCGAAUCAUUCUCACAAAAUGCAGCCGGUGCCGCAGCUGUUGCAAGACAUCAUGGACGUAGAACACCUCUGGCAUUACAACGACAACGACCGGAUAAGCGGCGGCGGCGGACUGUCCGUUGGAAACGUCGCGAGAAACUCCGCCAGUGACAAUAUGCUACUCGGUGGAAGUGGAUCGGCACCCACCGCGACUGGCAUCGGCGCCAGUAACAACGGAGGUGCGGUCGAAUGUCCAUCGAAUGACUUCGGUAACGUCGAGAGUAACAACAGAAGGGGAGACUCGACGACGCCGUGCUCCAAUAGCGUCUCGACUUCCGCGGGACCGCCCGAUCAACGCUCCACCAAUGGCAAUACCGCGAACAGCAAUCCUCAGGUCGGCAGUAACUCUAACAGCAAUUCGACGUUACACUCGGACUCACAAGUGUCCAAUCUGUGCAACAUCGCGGACCAUCGUCUCUACAAGAUAGUCAAAUGGUGCAAGAGUUUGCCGCUCUUCAAGAAUAUCUCGAUCGACGAUCAGAUCUGCCUGUUGAUCAACUCCUGGUGCGAAUUGCUACUUUUCUCAUGCUGCUUUCGCAGCAUGAGCACCCCCGGUGAAAUAAGAGUGUCUCUUGGCAAGUCGAUUACCCUAGAUCAGGCCAGACAGCUUGGUUUAGCGACCUGCAUCGAGAGGAUGCUCGCUUUCACUAAUAAUCUGCGAAGGCUGAGAGUAGAUCAGUAUGAAUACGUCGCGAUGAAGGUGAUCGUGCUGCUGACCUCCGACACGAGCGAGUUAAAGGAACCUGAGAAAGUCAGAGCUUCUCAGGAGAAAGCCCUUCAAGCACUGCAGCAAUAUACGAUUUCGAGGUACCCAGAUAUGCCCGCCAAGUUUGGCGAAUUAUUAUUGAGAAUUCCAGAUUUACAAAGAACAUGCCAAGUGGGUAAAGAAUUGCUCAGUGAAAAACGCGCCGAGGGAGAAGGCAGCUCGUUUAACCUUCUGAUGGAAUUGUUGAGGGGAGAUCACUGAAUUUUCAACGAAGUGAACAAUGCCAUUCCACGCUUAUAGGGUCCAUAAGCUUAGGGAAUCGGAUAUAAUAGAUAAUCGUAGAAUAAACAGAUUAGAGAAGAGAAAGAAACGGCGGAUGUAAGGUCCAUAAUGACAUUAGUACACGGUGAGGGGACUGCAUUCUUCGUAGGCUGCAUUCCGAAAUUGACUGUGCUUUCUACUGACUUCUAUACAGUAGCGUUGUUAGAUCGCGAACGUUCGUUUAGCAUAGCUAAAUGUGUGCUUCAUUUAGCUAUAUGCAUGGUAGAUCAUCUAAUAUGGUUAAAUGCAUGGCAUUUUUAGCAUAAGCUACAUGAACGUGAGUAUUACUGUCAACAUUGUCAAUACUAUCAUUGGUACAUUUCGAAAUGCAGUCAUCAUUAGGGCGUAUCAGCCUGAUAAUAAUAAAGAACUUUCUUUUUACACCGGAAUGCGUCUCCAGACAGGUUGUGCGUGUUCGCAUUCCUGUUUUUUCUUUUUUUUUUUUUUUUAACAAACGAAUUUCGAAGCGGCCUAUAUACGGUAUGGUAUGCUGAAACCGUAAAUUCAGCGUACGUGUAAAUGCAAAUGAGACUGAAAGUAUAAUUGACGGAGACACGAAAGCAUUUACUUUUACAAUGAUAAGCGAUGUAUAAAUACGAGGAUAGUAUCAAGUGGUAUCAAAAUGCUAAAAAUCUAUAAUAAUAGGUGGAUGUAAUCAAUAUGAGAGCGAAAGCUUUACAGUAGCGGACGCGAUUCUAUAGACAGAGUUGACCUCUAAUAACGAUUAUAAUAGAACAACCAGUAUUUCGUAUCGUUCUGCGCUUACUUAAGAACAGAGCAUAGCCAUGCCUUAUAAUCCCGGUUAUGAAAGUGUACUUAAAAACGUAAAACAUCAGUCGACCAAUUAUCUACUUAUAGAGCAGUAAAAAUCUUGAAAUAAUUAGUUAAUAUGCUUAGUUAGAAUAUCGUCCGUGGAAUAUGUGGUUUUUAUCGAUCACACAAAAUACAUUUUUAAUUCUCUUUAUAUAUUUUAACAGCUUGUCAAUGGAAAUGAAAGAUUUGUGAGUUUCAAUUGGCACAAACAUCGCAAAAAUUUCCUAGGUAAUGUCAGCAAUACGUAUAGCUGCUAUCUUUUCUGUAAAUAUGUCUUCUAGAGGAAGAAAUCGGCUGAUAUUGCUUCCCGUUUUACACUUGUAGAAAUUAUUUUAUAUACUACCUUUUAUUAUUAUAGGGAAGAAUAUACAAAUUCUUUAAUGGCAAAUCGAGAUAUAUCCUCCUUAGUCUCGAGAAAAAAUACGUUAUCUCUAAAUAUACUUUCUACUGCAUUGUAUGGAAAAAUAAAAUAAAAAUUUUCUAAAAAUUUUUAUGAGAUGUAUAAGUACUAAAGUGAACACUUUCUCUGAUAGUAAACUCGUAACUUUGUUCAGCUGGCUGUACAAAGGGACUACGGAGGAUAUAUUGUUUGUAAAUGCAUUUAAAAAAUAUAUAUAUAUAUAUAUUUUUUUUUUGUAUAUUAUAUAUGAUCAAACUAUAAUUUUGAAAAUAUAUUGGUUUGCGUUUCUUUCAAUAUAUUGCUGCGAAACUCAUUAAAUUUUAUAUUUUGUUAAAUUUUAUGCUAAUAUCGAUAAGAACAUAUUUAUUAUCUGUAAUGUCCGUAAAGUAGUAAAACUAUUAAAAUUAGUAUAUCAGUUGGUCGCUAUUAAUUAUUAUUUUAUUGUUGUAAUUAUUAUUUUAUUUUGGAACAUUUUUCUCAAACACAAUACGAACCAUUAAUGGAGACUGUUAUUUGAGAAAAUGUGAUUUAAAAGAUUUUUAUUUGUCUAUGGAAUUUUCGUUAAAUUUGCAUAUGUAAUAUUUGCGAUAUGUAAUAUUGAUUUUUAAAUCAUUUUUAUUAUAUAUGCGUGGAGAAUAUAUCAUAUAAGACAUUUGCAAUUACAGAAAUGUAAAUGCUUAUUUUGAAAGAAAUGCAUUAUGAAUGUAACUCGAAAGAUGCAGCUAUAAGCUUGCGUGCGAAACGAACACAUUGAUCUCUGUCGUUGGUACUUUAAUGAGACUGUCAUAUAUUAGCACAUCGUUCUUUUUACUACAGUCGCUUAGUCUCUUUUUGUUUGUUGACAAUGACCUGUGGAAAAUAUGUAAGGGACAUCCUGAGGCACUUAAAAAUACUUGCUGAUUCGCAAUACUUAAUAUAAAGAUAACUUAUAAGAACACCGUCUUCCUACAGUUUCUACCUAUUUUAUUAGAAAAUAACUUAUCACACACCCUCUCGAUGUAUAUGCGCAUACACAUAUCAUUCGCGUGACUACCGAAAAUACGAUUUCCUCUCUAAAAGAUUCAUUAGGAGCAUUUGUAAAAUAUUGAGGUCGUCAUUAAUAGCCUGUACAUCUCAUCAUGCACAAUAAUAGCGAUAGUGUAACAAAAGCAAAAUGUUGGACAGUAUUUUGCACGACUCAUUAUUGAAUUGGUAUUAAAAUGUUUCAAAGCAGAUGCUUAGUUCGAUUACAUUUACGUAUAGAAAAUGCUACGAAAGUAACGCUGUAAAUAUAAAGAGAAAGAAUUAUAUUUUGUUGUGACGAGUGCGUGUGCGGAAUGCGUGAGGAAAGAAAGAGAGCGGAGGAGAGAAAGAGCGGGAGAAAGCGAGAGCGCGCGAUGCGAAUGAUAUACACUUGUAAUAAAGCAUAUAAAAGUCGACUUAAGUGAAUUAGUACGAAAGUAGAAUUACAAAAAGAUAAAAUAUUUGUCUGUUAAAAAAAAGUGACUAUUCUAUGUUUAUAUUUGACAAAAAAGCUAUUUCUAUAUACUUUUUAACGAGACACUUCUGCUGUAACUCAGUGAUACAAUUGUCCUCAUUUGUGUGUGCUGACACGCGAUAAAAGAACCCGCUUAAUUUUGUUGUGUGCGAGAGAAGCUAGCCGUAGAGAGACAACUCCUAUCCUAAUCGCGGCGAUUUUAAUUCUACCGUUCUUUUUUCCCGACAAUUGUCAUCAAGAAAAAGGACUAACUCAAUGGAUAUAGUCUUCCGUUUCCGGUGUAACACGACGUCGUCGCGAGUAACGGCGUUUCGCGUUCGUUAUGUAACAAUUACGAAGAUUCGACGAGAAAUCUUUCCGCCAAUCAUGACAAUAUUCAGAGGAAGCUGUGUGCGCGAUAACGAAUCGGAUUAUAUACGAUAUACGAAGAGCUUAAAUACGACAGACUGCAAUGACAAUUAUAUAAAUAAAAAAAAAAUAUAUAUAUAAAUAUAUAUAUAUAUAUACAUAUACAGAGAUGUACACGUUGUAAGAAAGAGGUUGUAAGUAUAAACGGCGAGGGUAACACCGGACGUAAGGGCCAAACAGCAGUGUAAUAUUAAACAGACCGUAUCCUAGAGAUAAUAUUACGGAUACUCAACGUAUAGUAUUUCUUAUCGAUAUAUUAUUGAAUACAGAGCGAGAAAUUUUAUUAGGAAGAACAAGAGAGAGAGAGAGAGAGAGAGAAUGCCGUCGGAGUUUUUAACCGUCAACUAGCUCGGCAGUCCCGCGAAAAUUGCACGACUUUUUACCUCGAUAUAUGUUGUAACGAAUAUAUGCUCCCUCUCUCGCUCAGCGUGUGGUAAUCUUUAUGCUUCACGUACGAAUGAGCAAGUUGUCACAGGCUAUGCGAGAGACGAUUUCGUCGAUUAUUGCACGACAGUGCGAAACGCAUUUUGCAUCAAACGACUUCGAACACUACUGAUCUAGUUGAAUCGCGACAGAAAAAGAUAAGAGACGACCGAUACACGUUACUGCUGAGAAUAUUUCGUUCCCGACGUAGAGGAGGAUAGCUAUUCACACGAACACGAUUAGAAAGUAGUUUUAUACAUACAACACGAAUUAUCAUACGAAAUAAAAGAAAAAAAAAACUUUUUACAAAA